GAGGGGAAGCUCGCUCAUUUUUUGGCGCGCAUUUUAAAGGCAAUGGUGAAGAAUGUUAUUCGUCUGAGAGAGUGUAAAACCCUAGUACUGUAGUUGUACAAGAGAGAGAGAGAAUCCCUAACACUGUAGUAGUUCCUCUCUUCUCUGUAACUCUCUCCCUUCCGUUCCCCGGACAAGGAUGGCUGCUGUCCUCAAGAAAUAUUUUGGCUAUUCUGUUUUUCGUCCACACCAAAAAGAGAUCAUUGAAGAAGUACUGAAGGGAAGAGAUACCAUGGUUGUCAUGGCUACUGGAAGUGGGAAAUCUCUGUGCUACCAGGUUCCUCCCUUGGUUACCGGAAAACUUGCCGUAGUAAUAAGCCCAUUGAUAAGUUUGAUGCAAGACCAGGUUAUGAGUCUUAAACAAAGAGGCAUCAGAGCUCAAUAUCUUGCAAGCACCCAAAAGGAUACUUCUGUCAUCUCCAAUGCUGAGAAUGGUCAAUAUGACAUUUUGUACAUGACUCCAGAGAAAGCUUGCUGUAUUACUGAUAGGUUCUGGUCAAAAAUGUUAGUAGUUGGUCUCUGUCUACUGGCUAUUGAUGAGGCACAUUGCAUUUCAGAAUGGGGCCAUGAUUUCAGGACAGAAUACAAGCAAUUAGAUAAGCUACGGAACUUUCUUCCACAUGUUCCCUUUGUUGCCUUGACAGCAACAGCUACCGAGAAGGUUCGAGUUGAUAUUAUUAAUUCUUUGAAGAUGAAUAAUCCUUACAUUGCGAUUGGUUCAUUUGAUCGCAAUAAUCUCUUCUAUGGUGCCAAACCUUUUAAUCGGUCGGAUUCAUUUCGCAAAGAUCUGGUUGGUGAAAUAUCAAAAUAUAUUUGUAAUGGAGGCUCCAUUAUUGUAUAUUGUACAACAAUCAGAGACACUAAUGAGGUUUUUGAGUCCCUCCAACAAGCUGGAAUCAAGGCUGGCUUUUACCAUGGACAGAUGACAAGUAAAGCUCGUGAGGAUUCACACAGAUCCUUUAUUAAUGAUGAGCUGCAUGUGAUGGUUGCAACCAUUGCUUUUGGUAUGGGCAUUGACAAGCCAAAUAUAAGGUGUAUAAUACAUUAUGGAUGUCCAAAGAGUCUGGAGUCUUACUAUCAAGAGAGCGGUAGAUGUGGUCGAGAUGGGCUGCCAUCAAAAUGCUGGCUCUAUUAUUCAAGAAGUGAUUUUGGAAAGGCUGAUUUUUAUUGUUCAGAAGUGCAGAACGAAGACAGAAGAAAAGCUAUUGUACAAUCCGUUAUGGAAGCACAAAAGUACUGCAUGUGGACAGGUUGCCGAAGGAAGUUUUUGCUGGAGUUUUUUGGGGAGCAGGUCUCGUUCACCAAUUGUGGUAACUGUGAUAAUUGUACAGACACUAAUAACGAGGGGAAGGAUAUAUCAAGAGAAGCUUUCUUGCUGUUGACCUGUAUAAAAUCUUGUAGGGGCCGCUGGGGCCUCACUAUGCCAAUAGACAUUCUUCGUGGCUCCCGGUCAAAGCGGAUUGUUGAGAAUCAUUUUGAUGGACUUCCCUUACAUGGACUUGGUCGAGACCAUUCAAUUAACUGGUGGAAAGGACUUGGGGAUCAGUUGCUCGCUCAUGGCUAUUUGACAGAGGCUGUUCAGGAUGUAUAUAGAACUGUAAGUGUGAGCCCAACAGGAACUCAAUUUCUCCAUGCUUCAAGUGCUGAUCAUCAACCACCUCUAAUUUUGGUUCUGACCCAUGAAAUGGUUGAGGAAAACCAAACUGGUGAAAAUCCAGUUAAAUAUGAAGGAGAUCUCAAUGACCUAUCUGCUCUAGAAUGUCAAGGACUUACAAAGGAUGAGGUACAUCUCUACCACAAGCUUCUUGAUUUGCGGAUGAAGUUGGCACGAAAUGUUGGGACAGCUCCAUAUGCUAUAUGUGGUGAUCAAACCAUUCAAAAAAUUUCAAAAAUAAGGCCAUCAAGCAAGGCUAGACUGGCAAACAUUGAUGGUGUCAAUCAGCACCUGGUAACAACAUAUGGGAAUCAUAUCAUCGAAAGUAUUUGUCAUUUGUCACAAGAAUUGAAGCUUUCUUUGAAUGGUGAAGAACCAACACUGAUGGCAGUAGCACACAAGCCAUAUCCAAGUACCCAAAAAAGAUCAAAUCCAGCGAAGGUUGAGGCAUGGAGAAUGUGGCAAGAGCAUGGUCUUUCUUUUCAAAAGAUUGCUAACUUACCAGAGAGGCCGGCACCUAUACAAGAACAGACUGUUAUUUCAUAUGUUCUUGAAGCUGCAAGAGAGGGGUAUAAAAUCCAGUGGAGCAGAUUUUGUAAGGAAACUGGAUUGACAUGUGAAAUUUUCAAAGACAUUCAACUUGCUGUUGCGAAAAUUGGCUCUAAAGAAAAACUAAAGCCAAUUAAGGAAGAGUUACCUGAAUCUGUGACAUAUGUCCAUGUCAAGGCAUGCUUGACAAUGCAAGAAUUGGGGCUAUCAGCAAACGCUAUAUUAGAUGUUCCAGAGCUACGUGAGGAUCAUGCAACAACCAAAACAAGAGUGUGCAAUAAAGAGGAUAUAGUCAGAGAAAAUUUAGUGCUUGAUUUUUCAAAUAUAGAUGGUGAAGAGCCUUCUGUUUCUCCAAGAGUUACUGAGAACAAAGAAUUAACUAGGCAUCGAAAACAAGCCUGUGGAAGUGACGCCCCAAUCUCAGAAAAACCAGCAAAACUGCGACACGUGGACAUUGAUGAGAUAUCACGGAACAAUAGACACAAGCCCGAUGCAACCAUGGACUCUGUGCUUGAGUGGAUUGGAAGCCAUAAUGGAGUGGGUCUAUCAGAUAUCCUUGAUCACUUUAAGGGAUCCAGCAGAGAAUCAGUGGCUGCAGUUUUGAAUGGACUAGAGGGUGAGUUCUUAAUUUAUAGAAAGGGUGAAUUGUACAUAGUAAUGUAAGCAUUGUUUGUUCUUACCUAAUUUAUGCUUGAAGAGCUUCCCUUGGCCCUUGGAAUCAUGUUGUUUCUACUUGCAGCUUUAAGCUUGGCUGAAUUGUGUUUUAUGAAUUAUGAUUUUCAGUCAUUUAUGUAUAUAACUUAAAACAAGACUAUUUAUUCCAUUAUAUUGUUCAUAUGAGUUAUA